AUGGAUGUCAAAACUGGCGAAGAGCUGGCCUAUACUGCGCCGACGUUCACGAUUGACCUGUCUCUCGACCCCGAAGACCGUUACAAAGCCUUGGCUGUGGCAUACAAAGAACAGCUUCAAGGCUUGACAGGUCUGUUCAACAGCUUACUGAAGACCAUUGGGCUCCCCGUCCACUAUCAUGGCCCAAUCAACUACGUUGCCUGGCUCCUUCUCAGAGGUGUGUACUCGCCCAUGGAGACUGCAGAGUUGCGAGGGAUUGCCAAAGUAACCGGAGUACCGAUGUACUUGCUGGUGUCCUUCAAUGUCAUUUUGGAUAUUCUGAUGGGUUGCACUUCUGGUGCUGUCAAGACUCUAGAGCCGGGACAAGCAAGGAGUGAAUCCAGAAUGCUACACUUUCGAACGCUGGACUGGACAAUGGACCCUCUCCGGUCUAUUAUCGUGCAACUUGACUUUGUUCGAAGCAGAUCUGCGAGUCCUUCGGAGGUUCUGGCUCGCAGUAUCACCUAUGUCGGCUUCGUUGGCUGUUUGACUGGGGUUCGUCAGGAUUUGAGUCUCUCGCUGAACUUCAGACCUGUCCACAACGCCACAACGAGGCAAGAACAUCUCGCAUUCUACUUCCAUCACCUUCUUGUAUUACUGGGGUAUCGUCAGUCAAUAUCAAGCCUCCUCAGAGAGUAUAUAAUUUCCGACGAUGCUGGCGACAACCACCCCAAAACUCUUGCAGAGAUUUCCGAAGAGCUGAUCUCGCGGCGAACGACAGCAGCUUACCUGACAUUCAGUGACGGUGUCUCGACAAUCGUGAUAGAGAAGGACUAUAACACUGGCUUGAUUCGUGGGUCCGACACAUUCAUUGCCACCACCAAUCACGACCAGGUCGGGCAUAAGCCGCGAUCGAUGGCACCGACUCCCGCCGCAACUGAAGUCACCAAUGACGCAGCCCAAGCUCCGAAAGGAUUACUUGGGCUGCUUGAUGAGAGCCGCCAUCGGUUGGACUGUAUCUCUUCGAAAUGGAAAGCUCGAGUGGAAGAAGCCCGGCGGCACUCUGAAGAGGGAAACACUGAGGCUAAGGUUGCGAUCACAAAAUCAGAGCUGAUCGAUUGGGUGUCAGCAUACCCCACCAGCAACGAAUUUACUCAUUUUGCUGCUAUCUUGGACGCGGCAGCUGGUCAAGUUGCGUGGACCAAGGCGUACAGGGUUGCGAUCAAGAUACCGGAAUGA